CAACCAUCCUCUGUUGUGAUACCAACGACCAGCGCUCAACACCGCCCACACCGGCUCUCGGCGACAGUUUUGUCAGGCAGAAAACUUCCUGAAUGAGACACAAACCACAACAAGAGCGGGUCCUUGUCUGCUCCCAUUCUGUCAGUCUUACGUGAGUGAUUGAAUGCGGUGAAACUGGCAUCAGUGGACAAGUGUACACACAGAGGGCCAUUGAUUGGUCAAGGAUGACCAUGGAAGACAUGAAGAAUGAAGCAGACACUGCAUCACUCGCCUCUAUGGCUCUCUACAGUGUGAUGUAUCCUGUCUUUAACCAGUUGGAGAAAGUCAACUUAUCAGCUGCGCAGACCCUGAGAGCAGCUUUCAUAAAGGCAGAGAAGGAAAACCCAGGUCUGACCCAGGACAUGGUUAUGAAAAUACUGGAGAAGAAGAACUUAAAAAUCAACUAUAGUGAGUCUCUACUUCGCAUGGCUACAGACGACGUGGAAGAGUUCAUGAUUGACAGGCGAGAGCCAGAGUUCCAGGAGCUGAACGAGAGGGCCCGGGCUCUGAAACACAUCCUCAGCACCAUACCAGAUGAGAUCAAUGACAGAGUUGGCUUCCUACAGACCAUCAAAGACAUCGCCAGUGCCAUCAAGGAGCUGCUAGACACAGUUAAUACUGUCUUCAGGAAAUACCAGUAUCAGAAUAGACGGGCACUGGAAAAGCAGAAGAAAGAGUUUGUGAAAUACUCCAAGAGCUUCAGUGACACUCUCAAAACCUACUUCAAAGAUGGAAAAGUGAUAAACGUGUUUGUCAGCGCCAACCGGCUCAUCCACCAGACCAACAUGAUCCUGCAGGCCUUCAAGACUGUGGUGUAGCAGCCGGAGAAGACACACACACAGUUUAAAAAAAUUUUUUUUUAAGAGAAUAGGUGAUAUGAGGCUUUGUAAUUUGUCGAGACAUUUUAUUAUUUUGGGCUGUAUAAUUUAUAAUUCUGUGGCUUUGAGGGGAGAUCAGGUAGUUUGAGGUUCAAAGCAAGCCAGGUUGACAGUAAUUGCCAGGGAUUUUUAACUCUCUUUUAUGUUGUUCUUUUAUCAGAUUCUUAAGUCGAUAUUUCUUCAUUCCUUUAUAUAUUUUCCUCUCUGUUCAGCACUGUGUAGUUCUGAAAAAGUUUAGGGAAAAUGUGAUUAUUUCCUGUGUCCUUAAAAGUUUGGUUAUUACACAAGUCUGAAAAGUACAGUGAAAAGAAGUGGCAUUCAGUUUCCAACUACAUUCCCACAUUUUUGGACUUUAACUCUUAAUUUAAAUGUCACUGUUCUUUUGAAAAAUAGAAUCUUGAUGUAUAUGGUGGUAUCACAUACUUGGCACUAAUAUCCUGCCACUAUCAGCAUGCAGCAUAUUCAACUUAAAUCUGAAAGGUUCAAAUCCUGUAAAGAGAUGGAGGAAAAAGUUCAGGAAUUUAAAAUGAAGACUGUGUUCACUGACUGCUUCCUUUGUCCUGUACUACUCUAAUAUUCACUGCUUCACCCACUGCAUCUCAAACACAACACACCCAGGUUAGCAGUUUCUUUUUACUUUAGUUACAGAAAUGUAUGUGAAUAGUUCACAUUUACUGUCUACUAACAAUAGAUAGUCCACUAUAUAAACGAACACGUGGCUUUUUUUAAUGAUAGGUGGUCAGAGAUGCAAAAUCUUAACAUAAUGAUCCAAACCACAUUUGGGUUGUGUAGAUGUACUGGGGAUGUGUGUCCGGUCUGUUUUUUUUUUUUGCUGUAUUUCAGCCGUUUCUAACAUUUUCCCUAUUUGACCCCUUAAAAUAAUAUCUACUUGUGACUCGCAUGGUUAGGGCCUUGGUGGACAUGAGGUUUGAGCAGUUUAAACCAGAGUGAUUAUUAUAAAAAAAAAAAUUCUUUCUCUGAUUUAAAAGGUUUUUACAGGCCUGACGAGGUAAAAGUAUUAAGUAUUUCUUAUGAAUGCGUUUUCUUUUUAAUCCUCAGAUUUGUUACAUUGGGAACCACUGUUGUAUACAUUUAUAGAAAAGGAGAAUCACUUUUGAGGCUUACAUUUCAUUUUAUUGUUUGAUGGUGAAAUGGUGGUGGUUUGAUCAGAGGUAUUUUCAGAAAUCCACCAAUGUCAGUGGUAAACAUCUGUGUCAGUGUCAGAUACCUAUCAUCAAUGAGCAAAUCCUUUGUUUUGGACUCCCGAUUUGUACCACAAUCUCAUACGGGGCACAGCUGUGAUUACGUGGCCAGAACCUGGAGCUCAAAAGCAGGUUGGCUUGUAGAGUCCAUAUUGAAAAUCACAGAGUAGUUAAAGGUCAAUACAACAAACAGUUGGCAGUUGGCUUGGUUUUGGAAAAAGAGGUACAAGAGAAAACGUUACAUGACAUCAAUGCUCAGACUGACAAACAGUGACUUUCUUGCAACUGCUUGAUUUACAGAUAUGAAUGUACGGAUCAAUACAAACCUAAAUGGAUGGUUUAUUCUAGUUGACACAAAUGUGUUUGACCGGUAUGAAUGUAUAAUUUUUCUUUUCUGUCUUUUUGCAAAGGCCAUGACAACCACAUGUAAAUAAAAUAAAGGGACUUGGAAUUCAGAACAAGA